AUGGACACGGACAGGCCUUUGCACGAGGAGUGGAAGAAACGGGCUUUUGUGGGACCACUGCCGGAUAGUUUCCUAAGAAUAGAAGAGCGCAAUGCGCAGUUGCAGCAGGAAGCGGCGGAUCAGCAAGCUGCACUAGCCCUUCAACAGCAAAUGCAGAGUAUGCCGGCUCACGAUCCUCGAAUGGGUAGACUUAGCAUAACAAUUUCUCAGGCCAAAUUAGUGAAAAAUUAUGGAAUGACAAGAAUGGACCCUUAUGCGAGGAUACGAGUGGGACAUUCGGUAUUUGAGACACAUACAGACUCAAAUGGUGGAAAAAAUCCACAUUGGAAUAAAGUGAUUCAAUUCAACCUUCCACUUGGAGUUACCCAGAUAUACAUAGAAAUUUAUGAUGAGUGUUCUUUUGUGAUGGACGAGUUGAUUGCAUGGGGUCACAUAGAAAUUCCACCACAAGUCAUUCAGAAGGGGGAGACGCAUGAGGAUUGGUACAUGCUCAGUGGGAAGCAAGGAGAUAAUCAAGAGGGCAUGAUCAAUUUGGUUUUCAGUUACACGACCAAGUAUCAUCCGUACAUGGGUUCCUCUUCGAUAAUGAUGGUUCCUUCUGGAACAAUGUUCGGCAUGCCAUACGCCCCUGUAAAUGUUUAUACAGCACCUCAGCCUACCGUUACCCCAAUGGUUGCACCAAGUUCUUUGCCAAAUGCUGAAGUCGAAUUGAAACAGAUCGCAGAAAUGUUUCCGAAUGUUGACAAGGAAGUCAUCAAAUCGGUAUACGAUGCCAAUCACGGCAAGAAAGACAUUACAAUUAAUUCGUUGCUUCAAAUGUGCGAAUAAGCCCUAAUUUUUUCUACGCAGCUAGAAUGCCAUACGUAACUUUAUCGUAUCCUUUAUUGACGGAUAGAUUUCUUUUGAAAUGUAAGACGAUGUGCGGGAAUCUAAUAAUUUGUAAUACUUCCAUAAUGAUAUAUAUUAAGACCCAAGUAUUAUUUGAAUAUGAAACGAUGAAAACAUUUUUCUUCUGAAGAAACAUUAUAUUUUAAUUGAAUAUAACAUUAAAUUAUUUUUAGUCAAUUUUGUUA